AAGGCAAGGUAGGCCAAAUUAAACCAAAACUGAUCCAAGAACAGCUGAGGGGGUGGCAAAGAACUGGUCGCACAUUGAUGAGGUCACACUUGCGUCUCAUGUGCACAGCAGCGCCGUGCUUCAACUGAAAACAUGGCCACAGUACAAGUCAGCGAUGCAGAAAAAAUAUACGUUUUACAUGGAGUUCGGGACGAUUUGCGUGUUGAUGGGCGGGGAUGUGAGGACUACAGACACAUGGAAAUCGAGACAGAUGUUGUGUCGAACACAGACGGCUCAUCUAAAGUUUCGCUGGGGCACACAAACGUUCUGGUCGGAAUCAAAGCAGAAAUAGGCAAACCCAAACCCAUGGUGCCGGAUGAAGGAUAUUUGGAGUUCUUUGUCGACUGCUCAGCCAACGCCACUCCAGAGUUUGAGGGUCGGGGAGGCGAGGGUCUGGGCAUUGAGCUGAGCAACACGCUGUACAAGGUGUUCAGCAACAAGCAGAGCGUGGACCUGAAGAGCCUCUGCAUCAGCCCCGGGGAACACUGCUGGGUCCUCUACGUAGACGUACUGCUUCUGCAGUGUGACGGCAACCUGUAUGAUGCCAUCUCGGUGGCCAUCAAGGCAGCCCUCUUCAACACAAAGAUUCCCAAAGUGCGGAUAGCGGAGGAAGAGGAGGGUGGGAAGGAGAUUGAGCUGUCAGACGACCCAUAUGACUGCGUGCGGCUCAACGUCGAAAACGUCCCCUGCGUCGUGACGUUAUGCAAGAUUGGCCAUCGCCACGUGGUGGACGCCACUCUCCAGGAGAAGGCGUGUUCCGUAGCGAGCCUGCUGAUCUCCGUCACACACACGGGCCUGGUGACCUGCGUCAGGAAGCUGGGGGGCGGCAGCCUCGACCCCGAGAGCAUCUUCGAGAUGACCGAGACGGGGAAGCGGGUAGGCAAGGCUCUCCACGCCCCCCUCAUGGAGCUACUCCAGAAAGAGGAAAGCCUGGGAUCCAAGAGACAGAAAGUUGGCUUCCUCGGAUAGCACCUGGCACCACCACACCACACAACCCUCCAUCACCACCAUGACCCAUAAUUCCUCUUCCCCCUGCCCUCCUUCCUUCUCUUCCCACCAACAUCCCAUAAUUUUUGUACCAAUGCUCUGUGUGUAUGUUUUAUUUUUUGUAUUAAAGUUCGAAAGUCUGUA